GUGCAGGGAGAAGCUACUAAUUUGGGGAGAUUCGGAGGUCGGCAAUUAUGAUGGAUUCUUUGCUAGCUUCCGCUAGUCGCUCUGAGGAUGAGGAUUCGUCCGCGGGGAAUAAAAGGAGUCUGCCUCAAGGAUCCGGGCUCGUGCCCAAAAGAAGGAGCUCCUCUAGGUUUAUUAAGCGAAAGAAGUUUGAUGAUGAGUUGGUGGAGAGUAGUCUUGCAAAAUCAACCAGUCGUGCCCGUGGUCCUAGUGGAGGGGAACCAGGACGGUAUUCUGGCAGUGAGCCUUCCUCCAGUGAGAAAAAGAAGCAAGUCUGUAAAGCAAUUUCAACUCCAGCUCCACCAUCUCCUGCACCAAGUCCCAGUAUCGCUAAACGUAUCAAGAAAAGCAAACAACCUCUGCAGGUAACCAAGGAUCUGGGAAGAUGGAAACCUGCUGAUGACCUGCUUCUUAUUAACACAGUUUUGCAGACGAACGAUCUGCAUGCUGUACAUCUUGGGGCUAAAUUCAGUUGUCGUUUCACUCUGAAUGAGAUACAAGAACGCUGGUAUGCAUUGCUGUAUGACCCUGUCCUUUCUAAGUUGGCAUGUCAGGCUAUCCGGCAACUGCACCCAGAAGUCAUAGCAGCCAUACAGAGCAGGGUUUUGUUCAGUAAAGCUGAAGAACAACUAUUAAGCAUAGUAAGCUCGGCCUCUCAGCCUACACUGGACACAUUUCAAGGCUUGCUGAACAAGCAUCCAGAAGUUUUCUAUAUGUCACGUACCGCUAAAUCUCUACAAGUCCAUUGGCAACUUAUGAAGCAAUAUUAUUUGCUUGAAGACCAAACAGUUCAGCCACUUCCUAAAGGGGAUCAAGUUUUAAAUUUUUCCGAUGCAGAAGACAUGCUAGAGGACAGUAAGCUCAGAGAAACCAGAGAUGAAGUUCUUGAACAUGAGCUGACUGUUGCUGAUCGCCGCCAAAAAAGGGAGAUACGGCAGCUAGAACAGGAAUUGAAUCGGUGGCAAGUUUUAGUAGACAGCAUCACAGGAAUGAGUUCCCCUGACUUUGACACACAGACAUUGGCUGUGCUACGUGGACGCAUGGUGCGCUAUCUAAUGAGAUCUCGAGAGAUUACUCUUGGUAGAGCAACAAAAGACAACCAAAUUGACGUGGAUCUGUCUCUGGAAGGCCCGGCAUGGAAAAUUUCAAGAAAACAAGGUGUCAUCAAACUUAAAAACAAUGGAGACUUCUUCCUAGCCAAUGAGGGUCGGCGAGCUAUUUAUAUCGAUGGAAGGCCAGUGCUGCCAGGGAGCAAGUGGAAGCUCAGUCAUAACUCUGUUGUAGAGAUAUCUGGUCUCCGAUUUGUAUUCCUUAUCAAUCAGGACCUGAUCUCUCUGAUCAAAGCUGAAGCUGCAAAAGUCAUCCAGUCGUGAAGGAAGCAACCAGGGCCGGAUUUACAUAGCAGGCGUCCCUAAGCCCACUGCCGUUCAUCGCCCCUGUCUCCUCCCCUACCUUUGUGCACACAUUCAGCCUUGGGUUCAGAGUACUGGGGAUUGGUGCACAGAAAAUUUUAAAAACGAUUGUAUCUCCUGCGAAUCCCCAGUGCUUGCCAACCAAUGGUAGUGUAGCUGGACAUGUCGCCCCCUCUAAAAUUCUGCCAUCCUGGGCCUUUGUGGCACAAAUCCGUGCCUGGAAGAAACAUGUUAAUAUACUAAAGCUGAACUUUUCCUUUGUCCCUCUCAGCUUAUAGACGUUUUGGCUUUCAUAUUGUUACGGAGCAAAUAGGAUAUUUGUGUCAGUGCAAAAGGAAGACUUUAUAGACUACUGAAGGGCAGUAAUUUAUGGAUUUGUCCUGGACACACUUUUCUGGUUGAAUACUGUUCAGUGGUAUUGUGCAUACAAAUAUUUGUUGUUUUUUUUGUCUUUUAUUUGGUAAAUUAACAAUUUAUAAUCUUUGUUUGGAGUUACUUGCUUUACAACUUAAACAGCAACCCUCAAGUGAAUUUGAUCUUUCAGGUUUAAAAUAAAAGCCAAACCAACACAUGA